CUCUCAUUUGUUCUCUAUUCAUUUCGUUUCUGUUGCGAUCGCCGUCCUCUACGCUCACAAUGGCCAUCUCCUCCGCCCUCUGCCUCCCGUCGAGACCACACUCUAAACCCUACUUCUCUGCCGCCGACUGCCGCUCGUCCGACUCCGGCGCUCGGCCACGCAUCGAAAUGCCCGCCGCCUCUUCCCUCCGCGGUGGCCGCGCCUCUCCGUUGAUCCUCCGGUUUCCCCCCAAUUUCGUGCGCCAGUUAAGCAUCAAGGCGCGCCGGAACUGUUGCAACAUAGGGGUCGCGCAGAUCGCGGCGGCUUCGUGGUCGAAUGACCCUCCGGCCUUCGAGGGUCCACGCCCCGCUGCCUCGUCGGACGCUUCUGCGGUUCCCGAGGCGGCGGGGUCGGAUGGUUCCACCCUCGUUGGUGGUGGAGUCGAUCAUAGUGGUGUAGAUUUGGGUGUUCCGGUAGUGCAGGAUGCGAAAGCCUCUGUCGUUGCAAAGACCGCAGCGUUAUUCAGCUCUGAUGGGAGCCUUGCGGUUCAUGCUGGUGAGAGAUUUGGGCGUGGUAUAAGCACAGAUGGCAUUACCACCCCGGUUGUUAAUACUUCAGCCUACUGGUUCAGCAACUCAGAUGAGUUGAUUGACUUCAAGGAAAAAAGACAUGCUAGUUUUGAAUAUGGUCGCUAUGGGAACCCAACCACACAGGCAUUGGAGGAGAAGAUGAGUGCGCUAGAGAGAGCUGAAUCAACCUUGUUUGUUUCAUCUGGCAUGUAUGCCAGUGUAGCUAUGUUCUCGGCUUUGGUUCCUGCUGGUGGGCAUAUUGUGACCACCAAUGACUGUUACAGAAAGACCAGAAUUUUCAUUGAAAGUGAACUUCCAAAGAUGGGAAUUUUGGCAACUGUCAUUGAUCCUGCUGAUACUGAGUCCCUAAAAAGCACAUUGGAACAAAAUAAUGUCACUCUUUUCUUCACAGAAUCUCCAACUAAUCCAUUCCUCAGAUGUAUUGAUAUUGAGUUGGUUUCGCGACUUUGCCAUAACAAUGGUGCAUUGGUUUGCAUAGAUGGCACUUUUGCAUCACCUGUAAAUCAGAAGGCUUUAGCUUUAGGGGCUGACCUAAUAUUGCAUUCUGCCACAAAAUUUAUUGCUGGUCACAAUGAUGUCAUUGGAGGUUGCAUUAGUGGUUCUGAGGAGCUAAUCUCCAAAAUCCAGCUCUAUCAUAAUGUUGUUGGUGGUGUCCUUAAUCCUAACGACGCAUAUAUGAUCCUCAGAGGUAUGAAGACGCUGCAUCUACGUGUACAGAAUCAAAAUAGUACAGCAUUGAGGAUGGCCCAACUUUUAGAGGAGCAUCCUAAGAUAAUCCAUGUCUAUUAUCCUGGCCUGCCAAGUCAUCCAGAACAUCACAUUGCCAAGUGUCAAAUGACUGGUUUUGGUGGUGUGGUCAGUUUUGAGAUAGCUGGUGACUUGAGCACUACCAAGAAGUUUAUUGAUUCUUUGAAGAUACCUUACAUUGCUCCAUCAUUUGGAGGCUGUGAAAGUAUCAUCGAUCAACCUGCCAUCAUGUCUUACUGGGACCUCAGCAGACCGGAAAGAACAGCCAAGUAUGGGAUCAAGGACAACCUGGUUAGGUUCAGUUUUGGGGUUGAGGGUUUUGAGGACUUGAAUGCUGACAACCUUCAGUCCUUGGAGAAGAUCUAAUGUAGCAUGUUCGUUUGUGGUUCGAGUUUGGUGGUGUAGCUGAUCACACCAUGUCUUCUUCCUCCGUGUUAUCAUCAUGCUAUCUAAACAAGGACAAUGAGAAGGUAAUAUCAUCUAUCUUAUUUACAUUACUUGAAAAGACUUGUUAUUUAGCUGUCAAAUUGUAUGUGAUGGUUUAAAAGACUUAUAGUUAAUAUUUUAUGAAUUU